AUGUUCAUCACAGUGAUAGGGAUAGUUGCACUAACAAGACACAAUGAGGCGGCACAGCCUUUCUGGGAUGAAGACGAUCCAGCACGUAUAAGACAAGAGACAGGUUACCAUAGUAAUAUUGGACGAGACAGAAACCCGGUACAAUAUGUCGAGAACAACGGUGACGCAGAGGAGCGAGUAAUUUCGCUCAGACACGAAUAUCGUGUACGAGUAGUUAAUCUUAGAUAUGAAAACCGUAACAGAUUCUUUAGACAAAACCGGCAUUCUGAAGUAUUGCUGCAGAAUCAAGAAACAGCUCCACCAUAUAGAUUGAGACAGCAACUUCCAGAUGAACUUAAGUGUACGAGGUGUACGAGAAAUAUCCGCGAUGCCGUUAUCAGAGAAUGUGGACACUUAAUAAUGUGCCGACAUUGCCUUGUUCGACUCGAUCACUGUCCGAGGUGCUGGAGAAGAAUCCUGGCAUGGAAUGUAGUUUCAUUGUUUUAACUGCUUUAUUUAC